UGUGCAGUGAAAAUGUUGACAGUUCAAACUUUUCGAUUUAUAAAUUUGCACCACUGAUAUUUGCUAUCAUUUUCUCCACGUUUCCUUUGAGUUAUAUGUUCACUGCAAGAAACGUGAAAUACAGGUGUCUAAUACCGGAAUGUGAAAAUACCUCAGACACAACCUAUAAUCCUGAGUGGCUUGAGCAUUUUGUACCUUAUCAACAUAAUUUUCCCAGCAGUUGUUCUCGUUACACUUUGACAAACAAUCAAACAUGUUUGAGCCAAGAGAUUCUCAGUAAUGAGACAAUCCAGUGUAAUGAGUUUAUUUUUCAGAGAGAAGAAUCAGCAAUUGUUCAUGACUUCAGUAUUUUCUGCGGAGAAAACUUAUGGAAACUAACGAUGAUAGGAACAUUGAGUGUUGCUGGAGAAAUAGUGUGUCUGUCAUAUGCUGGCUUCAUUUCUGAUAGGUAUGGUCGCCCAAAGUUGAUAAUGAUGGGUGUAAUGUUGAGUACGAUGAUCGGUUUAAGUAAAUCAUUUUCUGGAAACUACAUAGUGUAUGCUGCUUUGGAAUUCCUCGAUACUGCCUUAUGUGCCGCCACGUAUUCAGCAUCAUUCGUUCAAGCUAUGGAGCUUGUUAGGCCGAAUCAGAGGGACCGAACCAACCUUAUCAUCUGUUGCCUUUAUUCAACUGGUCAAUGCAUUAUCGGGAUAACGGCAUGGUUGUCCUAUUCCUGGAGAAUGAUGUUACGGAUACUCUACACUCCAGGAGUAUUAUUUAUUUUAUUUGUCUUUUCAAUCCCCGAAUCAAGAGCUUGGUUCUUGGGGUAUAAUAAAAAUCAACAACAGACUGAAGGAUUUGGUGCAAAGUUGAAACAAGGGCUUCUUGGAAACCCGGCUGGGAUGCAAACCAGAACGAAGCCAACGAAACACAUGGAGUUUCCACGAUUUCGGCAUGCUGUAGUCAAUAAAGUUUUAUUACUGAGAAUGAUCCACUGUUCAUUCACUUGGUUAGGAAGUUAUUUUGUAUAUUAUGGACUGACGCUUCAAUCUCUAACAAUUUCUGAAGAUAUUUAUAUCAAUUUCAUCUCCUGUGUUCUCUUCGACAUACCGGGAUUUUGGAUAUACUACUACGGAAGUAAAAAGUUUCGAAGGAGAAGGACAAUGAUGAUAGCCUUUGCUUUUACCGGAGUAUGUUGCUUAUGUGUUGGAUUCAUCCGUGAGGAAUUAUAUUGGAUGAAGCUGAUAAUCUUUCUACUUGGAAAAUGUGGUUCAGCGAUGGUUUUUGCUUUGACAUACGUUUUCACUGCAGAACUAUUCCCUAGAACCUCAAGGCACGCCAUGAUGGCAAUUUGUGCUAUGUUUGGGAAAAUUGGAUUAUUGUUGGCACCACAACUUCCUCUACUAGCAAGAGUCAAUAAGUCGGUGCCGUUAAUGAUUUUUGGAAUACUAUCUCUGAUCGCAGGAGUACUAGCGUUGUUUUUUCCAGAAACACUCAAUACUAAACUACCAGAAACAAUCGAAGAUGCGGUUAAUAUUGGAAAAACAUCAGUUGGUCGCUUUGGAUAAACUGAAUCUUUCACUUAGAAAUUUUACUUCUUUAUAAUGUACCCUUAUCGAAUGUGAACCAAUUUGAAUCCAAACCAUCAACUUCUUUGUUUCUACUGGUAUGAAUUUUUUUGAAGCACUUCAAAAUUUUGAAGAACACUCAGUAUGUUUAUGAACUAUCUCAUUCAGUUAUUCAUUUCACAUGCAAACAUUGUAUUUUGGUGAGAAACUAUUUCAAAAUACUUUUUUUUUUUCAAAACAAAAUUAUUAGGGGGCUUUGAUCACUGAAAAAUAUUUUUUUUUUCAUGAUAUAUGUGGAACUCUAAACAGUACUUUUUUGAUACCAUGUGAAACACCAUUGAUACCAGAAGAAAUAGGAAAGUUAUUGAGGCGAGCCUGAAUCGCAUCACACACGGUGUACUCGAAACAUAUCAAUGUUCAAAUUAGAAUGCUAACAAAUAUAUUUAUAUCAGCACUUG